CACAGAAUCGUCACAAAAUUAAACAAAAUCAAAAUGUUCCUCGCAAUAAUAGUACUCUACUUUUACUUCAGUAAUAGUUGUAACCUCGUACACUACGGCCACGCCAUCGAAUCGCCACAGUACACAGUGGUGCACUCAGAAUCAGAUUUCGAGGUAAGACUAUACACUGAAUCCUCGUGGAUGUCUGCUCCUGUCCUAGGAACAACCUCCUUCGACUUCAAGGAGUCCACCAAAGAUGGUUUUCACAGGUUGUAUGAAUACAUUCAUGGUGGAAACCUAAACUCUUCUCACAUUGUGAUGACUGCUCCUGUCUUGACAAGCAUUAACUCAUCAUCAUCUAGCCGGUCUGACUAUUUUGUAAGGUUUUAUAUCCCCGCAAAGUAUGGUGGAAACCCUCCACAGCCCAAUCCUGAACUGAAUGUGCAGCUUGUCAAGUGGAAAAGUCAUUGCAUAGCAGUUAGAAAGUUUACCGGAUUUGCUAACGAUGAUGAAAUUAAUAAAGAAAUUGAAGCUCUUGUAAACAGCCUAAAUAAGCAGAAGAGUGGAAAGGCAGCAAUAUUGGAAGAUAAAAGUUACUACUCCGUUGCCCAAUACAAUGCUUCACAUCACCUUUCUGGACGCUUAAAUGAAGUGUGGAUCAAUGUGUCCGGUUUUACAGCAGAGGGAUGUCCAAACUAUCAAGGGAACUAUUGAUUUGGCCUCAGAUGUCUGGCAGAAUCUAGCAAGGAAUGUUGAUCCUGCUGAGAAUAAAACAGUGCUUUUAUUGUAGAUAUGCUCCUUCAUUAAUAAUAGAGUUUCAAUAAAUGAGAUCCUGAUGCAACAUUUGGUACCUUGUUUGUGCAUCAAAGCAUGCUAUAUUUUGUUUGUAAUGUAAUUUCAGUUUAGUCUUUUGUCAAGUUUCCUGGCAUUUCUUUCGUGCUAUUAAGCACCUGAUUUUUAAGACUCUCUCUCUCUCUCCAAAUGAGAUCCUGAUGCAACAUUUGGUACCUUGUUUGUGAAUCAAAGCAUGCUACAUUUUGUUUGUAAUGUAAAUGUAGUUAGGUCUUUUGUCAAGUUUCUUGGCAUUUCUUUCAUGAAUUAAGCACCCGAUUUUGAA